AUGGAGAUACAAGCUGUAGUCGCCAAGGCCAUGACAUCUUGCCAACGCUGCUACAAGCGAAAGAAAAAAUGCGAUCGUACUUUACCACAAUGCGAGAAUUGUCGAGCAGCCGAAGUUGCAUGUAGCUUCCUCGUUGAUGAUUGCCAGAACGGCACAUAUCCCGUCGCGUUUGUGCGAGGCUUGGAAACCAGGAUCCAAGAGCUGGAAGAAAAGCUUGCAUUUUUAUCAGCAACAGCCGGUGAUGUCCCGAUACAGCGACAACUAUCUACCGAGAAUGCUUCUCAUAGCACACCGCCGCCACUUGAACAUGCUAAUCAAGGCAUGAGCAGCCGCACAAGACUCACGAUAUCUGAGGCAGAAAGCCGAGCGCCAACAAUAACCAUGGCUGAAGAACUGAGGAUACUCACCUUGGAGGCGACAGCAGAACGGCAUUUUGGGGCAACCUCGGGUGUCUCUUUCGCAAAUCUCACCCAGGCAAUAUUGAAACGUCUCACACCCGAUCGGGCAGAUUUCGUUUUCCGAAAAGACCAGAGAGACGAUACAACAGUAGAAAUCGAUUGGGACUCGUCGCCCGAGUUGUUCAACCCUUCACUAGUCAACAUUACUACUAUCCUGGGCUUUGAUUCAAGUUUGUUUGGACCUCUGCCUUUGUCGCACAUCGUUGAGCCAGUGGGGUCUUUGGUAGAUUUGACUUUACCUGGCCGAUCUCGCACGGAUGAGCUAGUUUCCUUCUAUUUUGCUCACUCGCAUACUUUGUAUCCCAUUCUCAAUUACAACAGCUUCCUUGCUGACGUGGAUAGUAUUUAUGAGGAUUCAAUGAACCUUGAUACCCUCGUUUUAUUUCGUUUCUGGAUUGUUUUAGCCAUCAGCCACUCUUCAUACUGCUCCAUCUCACUAGCUGAAGAAUCAGAGGCCCUACUUUACUAUAAUAAGGCUCUUGAAUACUCUGAAACAGCAUGUGAAUCUGGUGACAUGGCCGCCCUUGAAAUCACAACCCUUCAAGUAUCAUUCUCUUUCUUCAAUCAGCUUGGGCCAAACACUUGGUUUCUCAUCGGUAUGGCUGCUCGUUUGGCCAUCGGCCUUGGUUUGCAUACGGCUGCGGCAUACAAAAAUCUCCCCUUUGAUGUUGCAAAUAUGAGGAAAAGGCUUUUCUUUUCCAUAUACAUGAUGGAUCGUGUUGCUUCCAUGGCGCUUGGUCGCCCAUUUGCGUUGCAAGACGACGAUAUCGAAAUAGAGCCAUUUGCCGAGGCUGACGACAAGGAUAUCAAUGCCUACGGCGUUCUCAAUCAGGAGAGUCUAGAAACGCCUAUGAUGGCUGUUCCGUGCCAUAUUCUCAAGCUAAGAAGAAUUGCAAGCAAAAUCAGCCGACACGUUUACGGAAACCCAACAGCCAUCAGGGAAAACAUGCCACGUCGCGAGCAGAUUGUGUUCAACCUCCACAAGGAGCUUAUUGAAUGGCGGCGUAGCACGCCAUUCCCAUUACCCGAGAUCCAUCCCCGGGUGCCGCACCUCAGCAGCAACUGGUACGAUUUCAACUACUUCACCCACGUUUCUUUGCUAUACAGACCGUCACCGCUAUAUCCUACCUUGGUGCCAGCCAAUGUACGGAAACUCGCCGACGCGGCUUCAAUGUCUAUUCGCCAAGCGCACAUAAUGCAUUGCCAGGAAAGGUUUGCUUACAACUGGUUAAACCUUCUCGCACUUUUUACGGCGGCACUUUCAUUGAUUUACGCUUCGACCGUCCAGCCAGAUGAGCUCGUGGUUUACCUGCAACAUAACCAGGUCAUCAAUAACCUGGAGCUCGUUCUGCAGUUAUUUGACAGGUUGUACAUCAAGUUCCCAGGAGCAAGGAAUACCCAAGUGAUACUUACUCGUGUCAUUCGACGAUAUAAAGACAUAUGCGGAUUGGACACUGCUGGACAGAUUGUCAUGUAA